CUUUUCAAGUUUCCUUCAAGGCCUCAAGACUAUCCUGAAUCUCUCGCACCUCUACUGACCUGGAUACACUCGCUUCCCCGCUCUUACUUCUUGGUCAAAGUCCUCCUAUCGCUCCUACGCCUUGCGAACGCCUCCCCUGGGACAACCGUCUGCAUCGGCCUCGCCCGGCACUUUGCAACUAGCGUCCCCUCGCUGUCGCAGUUUUUGAAUGACUCGGGCUACCGUCCUGCGGUCUGGAUGAUCUACUUGAUCAAGACCACCGGCGUUGACCGACCUUCUACACCACCUUUGCACGACCCGUUCGGCCCAUUUCGCUCGUCCACGACAGGUUUUUGAAUGACUCGGGCUACCGUCCUGCGGUUUGGAUGAUUAACUUGAUCCAGACCAACGACGUUGACCGACCUUCUAUAACACCUUUGCACGACCCGUUCGGCCCAUUUCGCUCGUCCACGACAGGUUUUUGAACGACUCGGGCUACCGUCUUGCUAUUUGGAUCAUUAACUUGAUCCAAACCAACGACGUUGACCGACCUUCUACAACACCUUCAAAGUGCACGACCCGUUCGGCCCACUCCACUCGUCCACGACAGGUUCAUGAACGGAACGGUCCCGCGGUUCGGAUACAUUGAUCCAAAUUAGCCGCGUACGACCGACCUUCUAUGACACUUCUGCACGACCUACUCGCCACGCUUGCCUCGCAAACUCUUCCCCGGAGAACUGGCUCUCGGCGGCCCGGAGAAACUUAAAGAUGAACUUCCGACCAAAGAACAAGGAAUCGGACUAUACGGAACUCUAGUGUAUCUUAAUAAUUCUAUACUAACC